UCUAUCAAAUAAUCGGGAUAUCUGCUGCUAUCAUUCUUCCCUGGGAAGUUAUCUUUGGCUUCUGCCUGCUUAGACGGUGAUACGGACGCAGUAUCAUGCAUUAGGUUUCCCUUUUCUAGCAGCCUGGAGCGUUAAGACUUAUCAUAUACAUUGCAUUUGCUUUUAGCAUUAGUUCUCGAUUUUGACUGGCUCGGCUUUUGCCUUGCAUGUCCCUCGAUGAUUUUCCUCGAUGUUCUUUUCCUGACGAUCAUUUUUGUGCCUUUCAAGUUUACAUUUGGCUACCUGCAUUUUUACCUUGGUUGCUGCCUGAGCUCCUGGCAUUAACCAGCUUGCUCCUCAUUCAACAAAUCCAAGUCUUGACCACGUAUUUGCAACGCCCGGUCUUUCCUCUCAAGCCAGCUUACUCCUGUUGUUGGUUCUCUUCUUGGGAACCUCGCUUUAUAAAAUUUCAUGUACACAGUCCAGAUCCUCAGUUAAUAUUGCUAACAGAGCGACAUUGGCCAUCGUUUUCUAGACGGAGAACAUCUAUCCGCCCCUAUUCAACCAAUCGCAACAUUGAAAACUCUCCCCAUGGACUUGUCUUGAAAAGCCGCUCAGCUUACAAGAGGAAAAAUCAUCAUGCGAAAUGGACCGUCUCUAGGAUAGCACCGUCGCUCAUUCCUAAGCAAUAAUAUUAAGCAAUCCUAACCAUUGGCCCUGCGUCUCAUCUACGCGUGUGAGACGAUC